ACACGGACCGACGCGAUAGAUCCGCGCUUCCCAGCUCGGGGCCCGGCAGCAAUGGGAGCGGAGAAGAAGCUGCUGCAAAUCAAAGAUGCGUUCGAGAUGGCUCAGAAACCUCAUCAGAACCAUGCAAAGCUAGUGGCAGCUUUGAAGCGUACCUACAAUCAGCUGAAGGAUAAGAUGAUUUUUCAUGAGGAGUUUGUUCAUUACCUUAAGUAUCCUAUGAUAAUCUACAAGCGGGAACCAGCAGUGGAACAAGUGAUAAAUUUUGCAGCUAAGUUUGUUACUUCAUUUGAUCAGCUGGAGAAAGAAGAUGGUAAUGAGGAAGAAGAAGAAAACUCACUUCUGAGUUAUUUGUUUAAUUUUCUGCUUGAGUCUCACAGUGCGAACAGCCAUGCUGUUAGACUUCGAGUGUGCCAGCUUGUUAAUAAGCUUUUGGGAAGUAUGCCAGAAAAUGCCCAGAUUGAUGAUGAUCUCUUUGAUAAAAUUAAUGAAGCCAUGCUAAUUAGACUGAGGGAUAAGAUUCCAAAUGUGAGACUCCAAGCUGUACUGGCAUUGGCUAGACUUCAGGAUCCCAAUGAUGAGAACUGUCCUGUGGUUAAUGUUUACAAUGCUUUGCUUGAAAAUGAUUCAAGUUCAGAAGUGAGGCGUGCAGUGUUGUCAUGUAUUGCCCCAUCAGCUAAGACUUUGCCAAAAAUUGUAGGCCGCACUAUGGAUAUAAAAGAGGCUGUCAGGAAACUGGCAUAUGAGGUUUUGGCAGAAAAAGUUCACAUGAGAGCUUUGUCCAUAGCUCAGAGAGUAAAACUAUUGCAGCAAGGACUUAAUGACAGAUCUGAUGCUGUUAAGGAGGUGGUGCAGAAGAAACUUCUUCAAGCCUGGUUACGGUUGACUGAGGGGGAUGUCCUAGAAUUGCUUCACCGGUUGGAUGUAGAAAACUGCCCCAAAGUGGCUGUCUCAGUGCUUAAUGCCAUGUUUUCGUUAUCUCCACUUAGUGACUUAGUUCAAAACUGCAAAAACCUUGAUAACAGGAAAUUGAUUCCAGUGGAAGAUCUAACUGCUGAGAGUGCUUUAUAUUGGAGAUCCCUUUGUGAGUAUCUAAAAUCAAAAGGGGAAGAAGGUGAAGCUUUGAUGGAGCAGAUUUUAUCAGAACCUGCCACAUAUUCAGAUUAUCUGUUGAGUUACCUUCAGAACAUGCCAGUUCUGAGUGAAGAACAAAGGGAAGAUUUUUCCUGUAUUGAAAACUUGCUGACAAAAGAAUUUAUAGGUCAGCAGUUGAUUCUUAUUAUAGGCUGCAUGGAUACCACUGAAGAGGGAGGAAGGAAGCGUCUACUGGCCGUCUUGCAGGAGAUUCUUAUUCUACCUACUACUUCAACAUCCCUUAUAUCUUCACUUGUUGAGAGAUUGCUCAGCAUUAUCAAAGAUGAUGACAGGAGAAUUCAUACUGUUGCAGAAAUUAUCUCAGAGGUUCGUGAGCCCAUUGUUACAGUUGACACUCCUAUAGAUGCAGCUGAAAUAAGAAAGCAACAACUUAAGCUGGCUGAAAUAAAAGUGAAACUUUUGGAAACAAAAGAAGCUUUGGAGGAAUGUAUUACUCUGCAGGAUUUUAAUCAUGCAUUGGUGUUAAAAGAGAAAAUAACAGAGCUGGAAUGCAUCAAGAGUGAUAUGAUAAAAGAAGCCGAACAGCCUGAAAUUAAAGAAAUGCGCGUGGAGAAGAAUGAUCCUGAAACGCUACUGAAGUGUUUACUGAUGUGUUAUGAACUCCUCAAGCAGAUGUCCCUUUCUAAAGAAAUAGGCCCAACAAUGAAUGGGAUCAUUGAAUCCUUGAUACUUCCUGGAAUAACUAAUGUCCAUCCAGCUGUAAGAAAUAUGGCAGUUUUAUGUUUGGGUUGCUGUGCCCUGCAGAACAAAGACUUUGCCAGUCAACACCUUGCAUUGCUGCUACAGGUUUUACAAAUUGAUGAUAUUAAGGUAAAGCGAAGUGCUUUAAAGGCAGUCUUUGACCAGCUGAUGUUAUUUGGGAUAGAAACAUUCAAAGCAAAAAAAGACAAUGAUUCUCACAGUGAAGAAACAGAGAUUAGAAAUAGAGAUUGUGAAGAGGAGGAGACUAAAAUAAAAGAGUUGGAAGAAGAGACUGCCACUGUUCACAACCUCCUACAACUUCUUUCCAGUUUCUUAGACAGCGAGUUUUCAGAACUCAGGACAGAAGCUGCAGAAGGCCUGGCCAAGUUGAUGUUCUCUGGAAGGUUAAUUAGUGCCAAAUUUCUUUCUCGUCUCAUUUUGUUGUGGUAUAAUCCAGUGACAGAAGAGGAUACUCAACUUAGACACUGUCUGGGAGUUUUCUUCCCUUUAUUUGCUUAUGCAAAUAGGACUAAUCAGGAAUGUUUUGAGGAAGCCUUUCUUCCAACUCUGCGAACACUGUUUAAUGCUCCUGCAUCUUCACCUUUGGCUGAAGUAGAUAUUGCUAAUGUUUCUGAACUGUUAGUGGACCUGACAAGACCAAGUGGACUGAAUCCUCAGGCCAAAAAGUCCCAGGAUUACCAAGAUUUAACAGUGCAUGAUAGCUUAGCCGUGAAAAUCUGCAAUGAGAUCUUGAUAGACCCAACUGCACCAGAUGUUCGUAUUUAUGCGAAAGCCUUGAGUUCAUUAGAACUCAGCAAAUAUUUCACAAAAGAUCUUCUGGUUCUACUUGACGAGAUCCUUGAGAAGGUCAAAGAUAAGUUGUGUCAAAGAGUGAUUGAGAAAUUCAAGAUAAAUUUAAGCAAAGGAAAUGAUAUAGACAAAGACCGCUCUGAAGUAGAACAGGAAACUGGCACCACAACAUCUGAGCAUGUUAAUCCAAAUGAGGAAGAAAAGAAUAAAGAAGCUGAUCAAAGUCCUGUUAAUGAACAUAAAGAUAAUGCACCUACAAAGCAGAAAUCUACAAGAAGCAAAGCUACUAGAGGGCAGAGAAAAGUAAACACAGAGGCUAGGUCUGUGAACACAAGAAGAAAUCGUAAAACGGUAGCGUCUGACAGUGAAAGUGGUGAUGAAGUUCCAGAACCAGUUAUAUUGCCAAGUUCAAGACCUUCAAGACGAGCAAAAACAGCAGCACUCGAGAAAACUCGAAUGAAUCUCUCAAAGCUUCUGAAUGUAGAAGCAGACGAUUGA